UUCUUUUUUCCCCCCCUUCUUUUUUUUUUUUUUUUUUUUUUUUUUUUUACUCCUUCCCUGCUGCCUUUUGGGGUUUUCUCCCGGCGGCUCAUCCGCUCAUCCCCUGCGCCCCGUCCCUCAGGGCAUGUCCCGGUCCAACAGCGUCAGCCCCCCGGGCUUCGGCGGUCCCGCGCCCUGGGCAGGCACCGAGCAGCACCGCUCUGCCUGGGGCGAGGCGGAGGCCCGGGCCAAUGGCUACUCCUACCCGCCGCCUCCCAACAGGUCCUCGGGCAAGAAGGCCUCCCGCAUGUCGAGCAGGUGGAGGAGCGAGGAAGACUACGAGCCCCGGAACCGCGGGGAAAGCGGCUGCAGGAUGAUGAGCUUUAGGUCCAAAUCCGCCUGGCAGGAGCACGGUGACGACAGCCGACGUCACCGGUCCCGCCACCCUCCCGGCAGUGAUUCCCCCGCUGCCCCCAACAAUGCCAGCCCCCGGCAGCUGGGGGAGCAGGGGGAGGUACGGCCCCGCUCUGUGGAGUUGGGGCUGGAUGAGAAACGCAUCAAGGCCAAGAUUGAGGAGCUGGAAGAAGAGGACGGGGACGAGGGGGACUCCGAGGCGGCCUUCUCCAUGGGCAGUUGUUGCAGUAGCCUGCUGCAAAUCUUCAGGUCCAAGAAGUUCCAGUCUGAGAAACUGGAACGUCUCUAUCAGCGCUACUUCUUUCGACUAAACCAGAGCAGCCUCACGAUGCUUAUGGCCGUGCUGGUGCUGGUCUGUGUGGUCAUGCUGAUCUUCCAUGCCGCACACGGCCGCUAUGAGGUAUCCUAUGUAGUGGUGCUCUCCCUGGCCAUCGUGCUGAUGGUGGUGCUGUGCAUGGUGUGCAACCGCAACAACUUCCACCAGGACCACAUGUGGUUGGCAUGCUACUCUGUCAUCCUGGUCAUCCUGGCAGUGCAAGUAGUAGGGGUUCUGCUGGUGUGGCCCAGGAGUGCCUCAGAGGGCAUCUGGUGGACCGUCUUCUUUAUCUACAGCAUCUACACGCUGCUGCCGGUGCGGAUGAGAGCUGCGGUCAUCAGCGGGGUGGUGCUCUCCGCCAUCCACCUGGCCAUCUCCCUCAAGAUCAACGCAGAGGAUAAGUUCCUCCUGAAGCAGCUGGUCUCCAAUGUUCUCAUCUUCUCCUGUACAAACAUUGUAGGCGUGUGUACCCACUACCCAGCAGAGGUGUCCCAAAGACAGGCUUUCCAGGAGACCAGGGAAUGCAUACAAGCCAGGCUGCAUUCUCAAAGGGAAAACCAGCAGCAGGAGCGUCUCCUGCUCUCUGUACUUCCUCGACAUGUUGCCAUGGAGAUGAAAGCUGACAUUAAUGCCAAACAGGAAGACAUGAUGUUUCAUAAGAUCUACAUCCAGAAGCAUGACAAUGUCAGCAUCCUGUUUGCAGACAUAGAGGGUUUCACCAGUCUGGCCUCCCAGUGCACUGCUCAGGAGCUGGUCAUGACGCUGAACGAGCUCUUUGCCAGAUUUGAUAAGCUUGCAGCUGAGAACCACUGUUUACGGAUCAAGAUCCUGGGUGAUUGCUAUUACUGUGUGUCUGGGUUGCCAGAAGCAAGAGCUGACCAUGCACACUGCUGUGUUGAAAUGGGAAUGGAUAUGAUAGAGGCCAUCUCACUGGUCCGUGAGGUUACGGGCGUGAAUGUCAACAUGAGGGUCGGAAUCCACAGUGGGAGAGUUCACUGCGGGGUCUUGGGCCUUAGGAAGUGGCAGUUUGAUGUGUGGUCCAAUGAUGUCACAUUAGCCAACCACAUGGAAGCAGGGGGCAAAGCUGGGCGCAUCCACAUAACAAAAGCAACCCUGAACUAUCUCAAUGGAGACUACGAGGUGGAGCUGGGCUUCGGAGGGGAGCGCAACGCUUACCUGAAAGAGCACAGCAUUGAGACCUUCCUGAUUGUGAGGUGCAGCCAGAAGCGGAAAGACGAGAAAGCCACGAUAGCCAAGAUGAACCGGCAGCGUGCCAAUUCCAUCAGCCAUAACCCCCCACACUGGGGAGUUGAUCGGCCCUUUUACAACCACCUCGGAGGUCACCAGGUCUCCAAGGAGAUGAAGAGAAUGGGUUUCGAGGACCCCAAGGACAAGAGUACCCAGGAGAGCAUGAACCCAGAGGAUGAAGUGGAUGAGUUUCUGGGCCGGGCCAUCGACGCCAGGAGCAUUGAUCGGUUACGCUCUGAGCACGUGCGCAAAUUCCUCUUAACGUUCAGGGAGCCUGACUUGGAGAAAAAGUACUCCAAGCAGGUGGAUGACAGGUUUGGAGCCUAUGUGGCUUGUGCCUCCCUAGUCUUCCUCUUCAUCUGCUUUGUUCAAAUCAUAAUCGUGCCACACUCUACAUUUAUGCUGGCUUUUUACCUGACGUGUUUCCUGAUCCUGACCACAGUGGUGUUUGUUUCAGUCAUUUACUCCUGUGUAAAGCUUUUUCCAGUUCCUCUCCAGACUCUUUCUAAGAAGAUUGUACAGUCCAGGACCAAUAGUACCUUAGUUGGGGUCUUUGCCAUUAUCCUGGUUUUUCUGUCUGCCUUUGUCAACAUGUUCAUGUGCAGCACUGUGGAUCUUGCCAGCUGCAUGGCUGCUGAAUACAACAUCACUCCUGACCGGGUGGACAUUUGCCUUAUCAGCAACCUGACUUCCAACUACAGCCUGGGCACUUUGCAGGGAUUCUGUGACAGUUCUUUGCCCAACUGCAACUUUCCAGAGUACUUUACCUACAGUGUCUUAUUGAGUCUCCUGGCCUGCUCUGUGUUCCUUCAGAUCAGCUGUAUUGGAAAAUUGAUCCUUAUGUUAAUCAUUGAAUUUAUAUAUGUUCUCAUUGUGGAAGUGCCAGGGGUCAACCUUUUUGACAAUGCAGAUCUCCUGGUUACAGCCAACACCUACGUGUCUGGAAAUGAUACAUCCUCAUGCCCCCCAGUGACAACACGAGUCGCGCUGAAGAUUGUGACCCCUGUCAUCAUUACUGUCUUUGUCCUGGCACUGUACUUGCAUGCCCAGCAAGUGGAGUCCACUGCAAGGCUUGAUUUCCUCUGGAAACUUCAGGCCACUGAAGAGAAGGAGGAAAUGGAGGAGCUGCAGGCCUACAACAGACGCCUCCUCCACAACAUCCUGCCCAAGGAUGUGGCAGCCCAUUUCUUGGCUCAGGAGCGGCGCAAUGAUGAACUGUACUACCAGUCCUGUGAGUGUGUGGCUGUCAUGUUCGCCUCCAUAAGCAACUUCUCUGAGUUCUACGUGGAGCUGGAAGCCAACAAUGAAGGGGUGGAGUGUCUGAGGCUGCUCAAUGAGAUCAUUGCUGAUUUUGAUGAAAUCAUAAGUGAAGACCAAUUCCGGCAGCUGGAGAAAAUCAAGACCAUUGGCAGCACCUACAUGGCUGCCUCAGGCCUCAACGACUCCACUUACGACAAGGAGGGCAAGACACACAUCAAAGCUCUGGCAGAUUUUGCCAUGAGGUUAAUGGACCAAAUGAAAUACAUUAAUGAGCAUUCAUUCAACAACUUCCAGAUGAAGAUAGGCCUCAAUAUUGGUCCUGUUGUAGCUGGGGUGAUAGGAGCCCGCAAACCCCAGUACGACAUCUGGGGCAACACAGUGAAUGUAGCCAGCAGAAUGGACAGCACAGGAGUGCCUGACAGGAUUCAGGUAACCACGGACAUGUACCAGGUUUUAGCAGCCAACAACUACCAGCUGGAGUAUCGAGGGGUCAUAAAGGUCAAAGGCAAAGGAGAAAUGACCACGUACUUCCUAAAUGAAGGGCCUCCAAUUAGUUAG